CUAUGGCUAUCAGGUGUGGCGCAUUAUCCCUAAAACACCUGCUGAACUUGAAUACUUGAAUCGGUUGCAGUCGCGGCUGGACUUCUGGAGUGAUCUCCGUGGCAUUAACAAACACGUGGAUAUUAUGCUGCCGCCUGAUUGGUUAGACAGUCCACUACGCAGGAUGAAGCAUGAGGUCAUGAUUGAUGACGUGCAAAGGCUGAUAGACACGCAAGCAAAAGGCGCAGAAGCCAAGAGAAAUUCUGUACAAUCUGAGAACUAUAACCUAACAAUAUACCACCGUCACAAAGAGAUUGAAGACUGGAUACGUUCUAUGGCUGCCGAAUACCCUGACAUCGCUUCCAUCCACAACAUAGGCACGUCCCUGUUCGGGCGACCAAUGAAUGUUAUUAAGAUUUCAAAACCAAAUGGACGACGGAAGCCUAUCGUAUGGAUGGAUUCUGGAAUACAUGCUAGGGAAUGGAUAUCUCCGGCCACAAACCAAUACUUCAUUCAUCAGCUGUUGACCAAGUAUGCAGAGGACUCGCAAGUUCAGAACUUUGUGGAUCAGAUUGAGUGGCAUAUCUUGCCUGUCGUCAACCCAGAUGGAUAUGAAUACUCUCACACACACAAUCGGAUGUGGCGGAAAUCGCGUUCUGGGCCUAUUGAUGGCUGCUACGGUGUGGAUCCCAAUCGGAAUUACGAUUUCAAGUGGAUGGAGAUCGGUGCCAGCAGUUCGUCCUGCAUGGAGAAUUUUGCUGGCCCAACACCAGAAUCCGAGAUCGAGACGAGGAAUUUACGUGAUUACGUACUGCCUCUAGCCAAAGAUAUGAAAGCGUUCAUCACUAUACACUCGUACUCGCAGCUAUUUCUUACUCCAUGGGGCCACACCACAGAAUUACCGUCGGACAACGAUGAUGUGCAUGGCUUAGGUGUGAAGGCAACAAAUGCAUUGACGGCAGUACAUGGUACAGAGUACGAAGUCGGAUCAGACGCUAAUAUCUUGUAUAUGACUUCCGGGACAUCACGCGACUGGGCUAAGGGCGUUGCGAAGGUGAAGUACACUUACACGGUGGAGUUACGUGAUACCGGUGAAUACGGUUUUUUGCUCCCAGAGGAGCAGAUUGAACCGACGUCUGAAGAAACAUGGGAAGCUAUUAAAGUUAUCGCAAGUCAGAUCAUUUCAGAGUUCGCAUAGAAUAGUAAUUGGGGUUUGCUGAGAUUGCUUGCAUAUAUCCAAUCCCAUUGACGACCCUGGUCCAUUUGGAGCAUAGAAAAUAAUACUUAAUGAUAUUGACGUACAGAUAAUGUGUUGAUUUUGGUGCGAUGGCGGGAUACAUAUCAUAGGGAGAGCUAAAGAAAUAAUAAAUAGCACGGCGUCAAUAAACUGGUGAUCGCCGCUGUAUUACUAGGAAUUAUUUCACUGAAUUUGAUAUAUUGUCAACUUUGCAACUUUGUCAGCUCUUCGUCGAAAUAACUAAUGUCGUAUUAGUUUAUUCCAUUGUUAGCGAUAAGAAUAUUUCACGCGUUUUUGUAUGAAAUUUCAUUGUUGCCGCAAUGGUUUCACAGAUAUCUAGGGUAGUUGACCCGUAAUUGGGAAUUAUUAAAUCAAUGUUCAUAUCGCAGGAGUUAUUCAAUAAUAAUAUUCUUGGUUUUUGGUGACAAAAUAAAAAUUCCUUUUG